AUGUCCACCGACUACAACUAUGACGAACAGGGACAAUUCUUCCCGUACUUCGUCACCACCAUCACCGGUCUGGUUACUAUUCCGGUAACCAUUUCGCUGCUCACCCGCAGCAAGGACCUCGAGAAUACCGCUCCGAGAAUACAGUCUGAUUUCACCCCCGAACAUGGCGACCUCAUCGAUGGUCAGCGCAAGAAGCUGCGCCGGCAGGAGCGCAAGCUGGGCAAGUUUCUCUUCGCCCUGGGCGGUUGGCUUGUCAUGGCAUGGAUGGUCUACCUUAUGGUCGUGACCGCGAGGACCGUCCCCAAGAUCUGGGAUCCGUAUGACGUUCUGGGUGUCACUAGGUCCGCGAGCGAGAAGCAGAUCAAGUCUCACUACCGCAAACUUUCCCUGACCCACCACCCCGACAAGGUGCAACCCGAUCCUGCCAAGAACCUGACCAUUGAAUCCAUCAACGACCAGUGGGUUGAGUACACGAAGGCUUUCAAGGCUCUCACCGACGAAGAGGUCCGCAACAACUACCUGCAAUAUGGCCACCCCGACGGCAAGCAAAGCUUCAGCAUUGGCAUUGCUCUCCCCAAGUGGAUCGUCACCGAGGGCCACGGCAGAUAUGUUCUGCUUGGCUACGGAAUUGUCCUGGGCGUCGUUCUCCCUUACCUGGUCGGCAAAUGGUGGUAUGGCACUCAACGCGUCACCAAGGAGAAGGUCCUGGUGUCUAGCGCGGGCAACAUCUUCAAAGAGUACAAGCCGGAUCUGAGCGAAGGUGGCGUUCUUUCCGCUCUCAGCACCGGAACUGAAUUCGAGGAGGCACUCAGGGGACACAAGGCUGAGGCCGGUCUGUCCAAGGUUGAAUCCAAGCUCUUCCAGGAGGGUGAGCUAUCACCUCUCGCUGGAGGACUCAGCGUCAAAGACCGUCAGACUCUGGAGGAACUCGAUGAAGGCGCGCGCAGGAAAGCACUUGCCUUGUUGUGGGCUUACCUUGGACGUGUCGAGCUCGAGGACCAGACUCUCAAUGCCGAGAAAUUCGAGGUUGCGCCUAUCGCCCACAAGCUCAACGACGCUUUCUUCGCUGUUGCUCUCGCCUACGGCAACAGCCCGCCUCUCCUGUCGUCUUACCACACCUCGCAAAAUAUCCUCCAAGCCAUUCCUCCCAAGUCUUCGCCGCUUCUCCAGCUCCCCGGUUUCACUCCCGCCGUUGUUCGCGCAGUUGAGGGUCAAAACGCAAGGACACACUUGAGCGUUCAGGAAUACAUGGGCUUGCCCGUAGACGAGAGGCGCAAGCGUGCAGUCGGUGCUGGUCUUCUGUCUGAAAGUGAAUUCGCCACCGCCGAAAAGGUUGCCAGCCAGCUUCCGCAUCUGCACGUGGAGAAGGCCUUCUUCAAGGUUAUGGGCGAAAAGGUCAUCAUCCCCAGCAGUCUGGUUCAGUUCGUCGUCAAGGCCCGUAUCAUUCCUCCCGGUUCCACCAAUGUUCCUCCGGUCUCCGAGAAGGACCUGGAAGACGUCGAUCCCAAGGAAGGCGACUUGGACGCUCUCCACGGCCGCAAGAAGGGCGCUGAGGCUGAAGAGGCCAAGAAGGCUGAACUGGCUGGCCAACCCCCGCUCGCAUACGCUCCGUACUUCGCUAGGGACCACUCGCCGAGAUGGCACGUUUUCCUGGCCGACGGCAGGCAGAACAAGAUCGCCGUUCCCCCGUUCACCUUCACCAAGUUCGAUAAGCCGCUGUUCGACGAGCAAGGCAACCCCACCUACAACGUCCAGACUCUGAAGAUGCAGUUCGGUGCUCCACCUCAACCCGGCCAGUACAAGUUCACCAUGCACCUUGUGUGCGACAGCUACGUUGGUAUGGACACUAAGAUGGAUGUCACUCUGGUCGUCGACCACCCUUCGAAGGCCGUCGAGAUUGAGGAGGAAGAGGAGAUUAGUGAGCCGGAUGAGGAUACCAUUGCAGGACAGAUGGCGGCCAUGAAGGGUGGCGAGACGAAGAAGCCCAGGCGCCAGGUGGAAGUGUCCAGCGGCAGUGACACGGAAGGAGAGGAGGAGUCGGAUACCAGCGAGACGGACACCGACACGGACGAGGAGUAA